AUGGCGGCGCCCGGCGCGUGCAGCGGCGCGGGCAGGAGGGCCGCCUUGCUCCGGGCAGCCCUGGUGCGGGGGCUGGCGGAGCCGGUGUCUGAGCCCACGAAGGUGGCAUUCGACGUGCGGCCGGGCGGCGUGGAGCACUCCUUCUCCCAGAACGUUGGACGGGGACAAGUUUACGUGUGUGUUCACAUAUGCUUCCCAGGCGGCACUAACGAGCAAUGGCAGGUGAGUCUGGGGGCCAGCGAAGACCACCAGGACUUCACCUGCACCGUGUGGAGGCCGCAGGGGAAGUCCUGCCUCUACUGCACCCAGUUCCAGGCCGAAGUUCGGGGUGCCGAGAUCGAAUAUGCCAUGGCCUGCUCCAAGGCAGCGUUUGAAAGAGAAAGAGCGAAGAUUCGACGUGACCGAGAGCGCCGUGGCCACAGCCGGGCCUUCGCGGCUGAGCUGCCCAAGCUGGCGGCGGUGGCCACGGCUGCCCGCUCGGAGCUGUGGCUCGCCCCCGCCCCUGGCGGUCCUCAGCGGCUGCCGAGAAGCUGCCACCUGGAGCGCUGCGGCCUGGCUUGUCUGGGGACCCUCGGUUCGCCCCUGGAAUCCACACGGCCCCGUGCAGAGCCACCAGCCCACUCCACAGAGCCCUGGUCUCGGAACUCGGGUCUGAAGUCCCCCAACUUCUUAACCAGUGCAGGCACUUACUACAUGGGGGCGGGAACCGGGAGCGGCUAG